AUCUGACACGAUCGACGACGAUGAGUUCGAGGAGUGGAAGCCGAGAGGACCACCGAAGCUGAACGUUGCUGGUCCCAAGACGGGCGUAAAGUUGCGUUGAGACCCUGGGGGGAAACGCUGUCUGCGAUGUAUGAAGCCACGGCAGGUCGUACGGCUGUAAGCAAGAGCGUCAAUCGUAAAGUCUGUUCACGUGCUUCCGGUCACCACCGAGCUUCAAGUUGUUGUAACAAUCAAGGGGCUAGCACACGAGAGCUUGGAAGGCCGUUUGUAAGGUAGUACCUGUUACGAGCAUACAGAGAGUGAUGAUGGCCGUUCACCGUUAGCUUGAAGUGGGCGUCCAGUGCUAAUUGUUAUCCGGUGUCCAUGUCCAGAACCUCGCACUCUCCGAGGUGAGGAGCUUCACCAACGCGUAAGCGCAGAGUCGGAUGUGUUUCAUCAAACAUGCUGUCCAGAUUGUCUAUUGGAAACAGUGUCAGUGGAUGUCUUGGACGCCAUUUCUUGACGACGACUAUUGUACGUCCUGCCGAGCGCGAAAGUCAGUGUUACCAUCACUUAUCAUCGCGGACAUUGGCUCUGAGCGGUCACGGACUCGCAAGCAGCAGUCCCGCAUAAAAACAGCUCCUGUCCGGAAGACUUUGAGCACCCGAGCACCCACCACUAUCAACACCCCUACUCAACGCCCACAGCACACAUCGUGGUCCAUGCUUUACCUUGACGCCAUGACGAGCACAGGCUCCGGCGUCGAGAUGGGCUUCCCUCAGGCGAGCCAUCGCUUGAACGUCGCACCGCCUUUCUAUUUUUGCACCCUCCCAAAGUCGGGCCUGAAGCUCGUCUUCUGCGACAAGCCCCGAUCUUCCGACGGAUACACGAACGUCAUCCGGGUCAUGGAGGAUUUCGUUCAUCACCAGCUGAGGCAGAAGAAGGCGAAGAAGUUCAAUAUCUCUGCCUUGAUACUUUCCGAGAUCGCGCACGUCUCCGAGGAACCCUUGGAACCCACUCACAUGCUCGUAAGAGUGGUGCUGGCGGGAGAGACGAGCAUCCCCAGAGGACUUGCUGGGCACGUGUACCUCGUCGGCUGGGUACCGAAGGCGCACUACGACACGGCGACAGUAGAUUGGAAAGCGUUGGACGACCUGGCGGAGCACGAGAUCUGGGCCAUGCGCGAGGCGCAGGUACUGCGUAUGGACACGAUCGGGGAAGUUAUAUCGGCAACAUAAGGUUCGAGAUGCGGGAUGGACUUAACCGAUUGUUGUAGUGAGGCUAUGAUGUACUACUGUUUCUGAGCGAUUGGUGGUACGGGUUGAACAUAGAAUACAGCUGGAACUAGUGCUCCCUUUAGAGACGCUCCGCUGUGUUUGAACAUACUCGACCUAGCUAUAGCAAUACUCGAAUGCUUUGCGUUGGGAAAUCUUGACGUGAAAGUCCAGGUUUAUAAGGGUUGGCGCGAUGCAGUGCAGGGUAGAAAUGCGUCAGGUUUCAAUUUGGUCGCAGUUAUGUGCCCGAGACGAGCUGCCCAGCACACAAUGGUUGCCAUUUGCCAGAUCUCUACUUAUCGAAAAUGGACAGAAGGGUGUUCAAGUUCAAG